GUCGCUCUCUUCAAAGUGCUUCGUCCUCUGGUACAGCCCACCCUAAACCCUCAGACAGAGAACCCUCUCUAUCUGUGUGUAUUAUCGACAAUGCUCUCUCGUUUUGUUUCCAGACACUCUCAGCUCCGUCUCUUAACCCUAAUCGCAUCACCAUACCACUCAUCAAUCCCUAAAUCUCAUUCUCUCCACACUCUACACCCUCCACUUCGAAACCCCAAUUUCAACUUCUUCUUCGAAACCUCUCGACGUUUCUCAAGCAAUCGCAACAACAAUAGUGGAGACAACAGCGGAGAUCAACCGACAUCGACGUCGGACUUGUGGAAUCUUUCGACGGAAAAUGACGAUUCCAUCGAUUCUGUGUUCGGAGACGACACCGGAAAUCUCGAAGGAUUCGCCGCCGGCGAGAUGACUAGGCCGAACGAUGAAUCGUGGUUGAAGGAUUCGAGGGACGAGGGAGGAAAUGGCGCUGAUAUAUUUAAGGGGGUUGAUAAGGAGAUUGGAGGAGAAAAGACUGUCGAUGAUUGGGCAACAGCUGAAGGGAAUAGGCCAUGGAGUUUUGGGGAUAAAGAGAAGGAGAAAAACGUGUUCAAUGUCGGAGACACAGAAUCGGAAGUGAGUGGUGUUGUUGGUGAAGAUGAGAGGCUGGAGACUCAGAAGAGUGAAGACGAGAGGGUGGAUAAUCAGAAGAUUGAAGAUGAGAGGGUGGAGAAUCAGAAGAGUGAAGAUGAUAAGGAGCUUGAGAGGGAAGAGAAAGCGUUGUCUGCUGUACUAAAAGGUCCAGAUCGUGCAUUUGGUGACCUCAUUGCAGCUUCUGGAAUCACGGAAGAGAUGCUGGACGGUUUGAUGAUUAUGAAGGACGUGGAAGAUAUCCAAGGAUUGCCUCCUCUUAGUGAAAUAGAAGACCUGCGGUAUGAGAAAAAUACCAGAAAAUCAACGAAAGGUGAAAUAGAGCGCCAGAAACAGGAAGAAGUUGCCAAAGCACGAGUGGUAAAAGUAGAUGCAAAGGGAAGGGCAUAUGGGACAGGAAAGAGGAAAUGCAGUAUAGCCCGUGUCUGGAUUCAACCUGGCGAAGGCGAAUUUAUAGUUAAUGACAAACAGUUUGAUAUCUAUUUUCCGAUGCUUGAUCAUCGUGCUGCUCUCCUUCGCCCUUUCUCAGAGACGAAGACUCUGGGACAUUGGGAUGUCAAGUGUACCGUGAAAGGAGGUGGUUUUUCAGGUCAAGUUGGUGCAAUUCGUUUGGGAAUCAGCAGGGCCUUACAAAACUUUGAACCUGGUCUACGCCCUCCUCUCAAAGCAGUUGGCUUCUUGACGAGGGAUGCACGAGUUGUGGAAAGGAAAAAACCUGGCAAAGCAAAGGCAAGAAAGAGUUUCCAGUGGGUUAAGCGUUGAUUAACGAUUGCUAGCUGGCUCCUACAUUGUCACAAGUUUUUGUAAGGGACAUUGUUAUGUAUUAUUCUCUUUCCAAAUAAGUUGAUAUGCAAAUUCAGCUGGCCUGGCAUCUUUCCUGUAAUGUAGCUUGUAAGCCAGCGUUCACACCAGUAGCAGCCGCAUAGCCAUGAAGAUUUUUUGUUAACCCGAAAUCAAUUUUCUUUCCUUUUUCUUUUUCAUCGGAGCAAACGUCUAUCAGCUGUGUUUUAAUGCAUUAAUGCAAGUGAUGAUUGUAGGGGCCUUUACGGUAACUUGGCCUUUUUUGGUGUGCGUGUGUGUGUGCGUGUGUUGGGUGAAGAUUUGUAUUGUGGUGGGACUGAUACCAAAAUGCUCACUGCUAUUUUCUUUCAACUGCUUGCUGAUGAUACUAGUUUUACAUGAUUUAAAACAGUUUCAAUCUUACAUCCUUUCUUUUCUGGCA